AUGAAUAAAGCCAAUGCUGUAGAGCGUCUUGAGCAAAUCAAGCAGCAACUCAACUUGCUGCCUUCGCCCAUGUCGCUUCAGGCUCCCAAAGACAUGCAAAAGGAACGUGCAAGCGCAUCAUUCAACAUUGAAGCUCUCUCCCACUUUUGGGUCGGUGGAAAGGAGAAAUUUGAACGCAGAAAAAAAGCAUUAGAAUUCAUUGAAAAGGAUGCUGAACUUGUGGUGCAAGCGCCUAGAAAUAUCCUCGAGUUUGGAAGAGAGGAGAUGAGAGAAUAUGCUAUGGGGCAAAUCAACAGAAUCGUUCGCCUGGGUCGCGAAAUCAAUGACAGAGAGUUUCUGGAGGACAUUAGCCGGGCAGUGAUUCUCUACUCUGAGAGUUUUGCAUUGCGCAUCGGCGUACAUGAAGCACUAUUUCGUAACGUAGUCCAAAUGUUAGGAAACAAGCAGCAGCAAGAGCAAUGGAUAGAGAACGUGAAUGAAUUCAAGAUCAUUGGAUGCUUUGCCAUGACUGAAUUGGGCCAUAGUUCAGCACUGAGGGACAUUGAAACAACAGCGACGUUUGACGUUAAAACAGACGAGUUUAUCAUCCAUUCACCCAACAUUACAUCGACCAAAUGGUGGAUUGGUAUGGCAGGUCAAACAGCUACACACACAGUGGUGAUUGCACAAACCUUGAUCCACGGCAAAAAUGUCGGGUUGAAUUGGUUUAUUGUCCAGUUGCGUGAUACGGUUACUGGCAAAGUAGUGCCUGGAGUGCAAGCGGGCGAUGUAGGCUCCAAAGUAGGCCAUCAGGGUGUGGACAAUGGCUGGAUCCAGUUCAACCAAAAGCGCAUUCCCAGAACAAACAUGCUGACCAAAUGGGUGAGCAUGGACAGAAGCGGUGAAUUCCAGCCUGCGCCUAAUCCUGCAGUCAUGUAUGCCACCUUGAUUCCAGAGCGAUUCUCUCUGGUUACUAUCACACUGACUUUGGUCACACAGGCAUUGACGAUUGCUACGCGUUAUGGUGUUGUUAGACGUCAAGGAUCAAAGAACCAGCAAAUCAUGGAUUACCAGUCUCACUAUGUCAAGUUGUUGCCUGCAAUUUCCUUCAUGUACAUGGUGCAAAACUCGUUCAAGACGCUGGAUGACCAGUUUGCCAUCUUGACAGCUGGUGGUGAAAUGGACCCUAUUGUCUACCUCAACCACAUGGGUGACAUGCACUCCAUUUCGGCCUCUUUGAAGGGGUUGUCUGGUGCUUAUGCCACUGAGAUUCUUGAAAUCUGCCGCCGCUCUUGCGGUGGCCAUGCCUACUCUGCUUACAAUGCAUUGGGCAACUUGAUCUCUGAUUUUGGUGUCAUGACAACGGGUGGCGGUGACAAUGUGGUCUUGCUGCAACAAGCUGCUCGCUAUCUGCUAUAUCGCUUGAGCCAAAAACUGGAAUUUGACGAGUACCCAGAGCUCAAAUACCAGAGUGCAACGCAUUACAUUGCCCGCGCCAAAGAGCUAUUGAAAAUGGAGCGCUGGUCUGUCCAUGUCAUUGCGGAUGCCACCAAAGAUUUUGCAUUGAUUGAAGAGGCGUUACAUGUCAUUUUAGUCAAGCGACUUUACAGUAUACAGCAAGCUUUGAACGGCGGAGCUACCCACAAUGAUCUGUUGUUGGAGUCGGUGCGUGUUGCUGAGCUCCACUGUGCUGCCUUUUUGUUUUCGGUCAAUGCUCGACAAUUUGCUAGCGUGCCUGGUUCUGAUAUUGAUCCCAGUGUCCAGCGCAUCAUGCGACAGAUGACAGCUCUGUGGGGCUUGCAUAUACUGCGUGUGUACGGCGACCAAGGCUAUUUGGAAGGCUUCCUCAGUCCCAAGCAAAUGAAGGACAUUGAGAAGGAAUACCUCGAGCUUUGCAAGAGCAUGCGAUACCAAGUGAUCGGCCUUACUGAUGGGUUUGGGCUGCCUGAUUUUGUUUUAAAAGCGCCUAUUGCUAAAUACGAUGGCAAUAUUUAUCAAGCUUAUUUCGAAACACUCUUGCAAGCACCCGCAAGUACCGGAGUAGCACCUUAUCAUGCCAAGCUGAUUAAGCCAUUGACUGAAAAGUUUGAAAGCAAAUAA